CACCCAUUUUGCCACGGUGUAUAUCAGUUUUUUUUGUCAUUUGUGUAAAAUCCCUAGUAACUUACAGAGUUUCACAAUAAACAUGGUGGAGCAAUGAAAGCCAAGGUCCCUUUUUCUCCUUGUUCUUCAAAGCACAAGAAAGGUUGAAACUUUGAUCAGAUUCCAGCGUGUAAAUGCGAUAUCUCAGAAGACCCUUGUACAAAUGGAACUUGAUGAUCCGUGACUCUACCAACAAUGGCUUCUUCACACAAACUUUAAACAUUUACUCUUCCAUGUUACAAGCUGGACUUCAAGCCAAUAACUUCACUUUCCCUUUGCUCCUCAAAGCGUGCGCUAACGUAAACUCUUUACGCCUCGGCACUUUGCUUCAUUCCCAUGUCCUUCAACUGGGUUUUCAACUAGACCCCUUUGUUCAAACGGCUCUGAUUGAUAUGUACUCUAAAUGCUUGAAUCUACAGGCUUCAAGAAAAGUGUUUGAUGAAAUGCCCUUAAGAACCCUCGUGUCUUGGAACUCUAUGAUUUCUGCUUACUCUCGUGCUUCUUUAGUUAAUGAAGCGGUUUUGGUGCUAAAAGAAAUGUGGGUUCUUGGUUUGGAACUGAGUGCUUCUACAUUUGUAAAUGUCGUGUCUAGUUGUAGUAGUCUUGGACAAGGCUUAUCAAUACAUUGUUGCGUGUUUAAACUUGGACUUUUGAGUGAUGAGAUUGCUUUAGCUAAUUCUGUUAUGAAAAUGUAUGUGAAAUUUGGUUGCGUUAAUGAAGCCCGUUUGAUCUUUAAUGAAAUGGGAGAAAGUUCCAUUAUUUCAUGGACAAUAAUUAUCGGUGGGUUUGUGAAUGUUGGGAAAGUUGGUGAAGCUUUUGGUGCUUUCAACCAAAUGAGAAGGACUGGUUUGAGACUAGACUCGGUCGUGUUUGUGAACCUCAUUUUGGGUUUUGCACAACAGCCGAACUUUUUGUUAGCUUCAUUGAUUCAUUCUCUUGUUCUGAAAUGUGGAUGUGAGGAGGAAGAUCCCAUUGACAAUUUGCUAGUCAGCAUGUAUAUAAGAUGUGGUGAUCUGGGGUCUUCGCGAAGAGUAUUUGAUAUGGUAUAUGAGAAAAAUGUGUUUUUGUGGACAUCGAUGAUUGGAGGGUAUGCUCGGUUGGGUUAUCCUGCCGAGGCACUGAAUCUAUUUAAAAAGUUGUUGAGGACAUCUGUUAGACCCAAUGAAGCAACCAUGGCUGCGGUACUUUCAGCUUGUGCUGCUUUGGGAUCACUUACCACGGGCAAGGAAAUUGAAGAGUACAUUUCGGUAAACGGGUUAGAGUCGAAUAGGCAAGUUCAGACCUCUUUGAUACAUAUGUUCUCGAAAUGUGGGAGCAUAAAGAAGGCAAAAGAGGUGUUUGAGAGGGUGACAGAUAAAGACUUGGCUGUUUGGAGCGCCAUGAUAAAUGGCUAUGCCAUUCAUGGGAUGGCAGAUGAGGCUGUUAGUCUCUUUCAAAAGAUGCAACAUGAAGAAGGUAUACAGCCUGACACCGUGGUUUACACAAGCUUAUUAUCGGCAUGCAGCCAUUCUGGACUGGUAGAAGAUGGAUUGAGGUAUUUUCAAAGUAUGCAGAAUGAUUUUGGAAUAGAACCUAGCUUAGAACAUUAUAUAUGCUUGGUAGAUCUUCUUGGCAGAGCUGGUCAGUUUGAUUUGGCUUUAAAAACAAUCCAAGAGAUGCCAGUCCAAGUACAAGUUCAUGCAUGGGCUCCAUUACUUAGUGGAUGCAGGAAACAUAGUAACAUUGAGCUGGGAGAACUUGCAGCCGGAAAGUUGAUGAAUUCAAGUUCUCUAAGCACCGGCAAUCAUAUUUUGAUGGCAAAUUUGUAUACAUCUGUGGGCAAGUGGAAAGAGGCAGCUACAGCAAGAGGCCUGAUAAAUGAUAAACAAUUGGUAAAAGAAGCUGGCUGGAGCCAGGUUGAGAUGGAUGGCUCUGUCCAUGUAUUUGUUGCUGGAGAUGAGUCCCAUCUCCAGUCGGCUGAAAUCUACAAGAUCCUCGAGGAUCUAAAUGUUAUGAUAUUAGAGGCAGGGUAUGCCGCAAAAAGGGGCACAGACUUAUCAUCACUUUGAAGCAGAAAUCAUCCUAUGUUCCUUUUUUUAUUGUAAAGUUUUGACAAACAAGUGAGAUUCAUUUGUUUAUUUGAAAAUAAAAGAAAUAACUGAAAUUUUUGUACUAGUGAAGAGAAACCAUCUUAUUUUUCUUGGUAAAUAGAUCACUAAUUUUGAGCUUUUA